CUGGACAAUGUGGCAAUCAGAUUGGGGCCAAGUUCUGGGAAGUAAUCAGUGAUGAGCAUGGGAUCGAUCCGUCGGGCAGUUACCAAGGCGACAGCGACCUACAGCUGGAGAGGAUCAGCGUGUACUACAACGAAGCCUCAGGGAGCACAGGUAUCUGCAGUCUCACUGACCUCAUCUCACUGCCUCAUUUGAUGCAGAAAUGUUACUCCAGUUCAUAAGGCAUCUAAACCCCCAGGAUCAUCAAUCACUUAAACAAACAUUCUCAUUUAUUAUUUAAAGUUCAUUUACAGCCAGAAAUAUUGACCUUUGAUUGCGUCUUCUAUGUUGUUAUCAUAUUGAUUUGUCUUCUGUGAACCGGGAAAGCCAAAAUACUCAUUUCACUAUCCUUAUUUGUGAUUAUAUAACCAUAACUCUCCUACAUCCGAACAAGAAUCACAUUUUACAAGAAAAAAGAAGUAAAAAUAAGUCCUAUUGGACGACUGUUGCAAGAAAAAAAGGAUGUCCCUCUGUAGUUUGUUUCAAAUGUUGCUGUUUUAUGCCAUCAUGAUUUUUCAUAAAUGUAUUAAUUAAUAAUUCCUGCCUUUUGUGGUUGGAUAUGGCCCAUUAUUAGUCAUAAACUAUGCACUUUUAAGCUAAUUUGUGUAUUUGUUGGCUAAACAAAACAUUUUCAAGCAUAAAAUGCAAUAAAAUACAAAUAAGACAUUCACAUAAGGCACUCAAAAGACACAAAGUCAAUGAAAUGUAGUAUUCUACACUUCUCACUUCUCACAUAAGAAUCAGACUCCAACAGGCUUUUAUUGCACAAUUAUCUUAUAACAUGGGCUACUGGUGCGGGCAGCCAUUACCCACGCAGAGCUGAAACUCAACUCUAAACUCCUGAUGUCACUUCCUGUCCGCUUCUCUUUUAUUCGUAUUCAUAUUUGUAUAUUUGAGCAACAGUUUGGCAAUAAUGACGUUUGUAUUUCAGUGGAAGCUGGAAAACAGAAUUAUUUUCAUAAUUUUAUUGUAUAAGUAUAAGUGUAAGACAGCAGGAGUGUGGAGUUUCAUGAAAGUUGUCUAAAACUGUUCUGUGUUGGGGUUUUCUGUGAUUUUAGUGGUGUAGAUUUGUCGAAAAUGACGGUGGCAGCAUAAACUGUACACAUUUAGAGGUUCCACUGUAGUCGCAUUAAAAAAAAUGCCAGAGAGAAGGUGAUUGUGCAAAGUUGAGUAGAAAGCAAAAUGCAUUUUUGGGAGGGUCCUUGCUUCAACGGAUCGUGUCGACCUCAGCAUUUUAAAAGGCCCAGUGGUCUAGAAUAAGGACUGCAUUAUGCUGGAGGAGUUGGCUUGCAAGUGGAGUGCACAGUGCAGAAAACAAAAAACAACUGCAAAAAUCUAGCUGAAGAAAACAGCAAAUGUAAGAGUCAGCUACAGGGAGAGACUAUGUAUGUGGAAUGACAUCAUCUCCCUUGUUAUCCCAAAGACAGCAAAUUUGUCCCCCGUGCCAUUCUGGUGGACCUGGAACCAGGGACCAUGGAUUCAGUUCGCUCCGGCCCCUUUGGACAGCUCUUCAGGCCUGACAACUUUGUCUUUGGCCAAAGCGGAGCAGGAAACAACUGGGCCAAGGGUCACUACACGGAAGGAGCAGAGCUCGUGGACGCCGUUCUGGAUGUGGUGAGGAAAGAGUCCGAGAACUGCGACUGCCUCCAAGGCUUCCAGCUCACCCACUCCCUGGGCGGAGGCACCGGUUCCGGAAUGGGCACCUUGCUGAUCAGCAAGAUCCGCGAGGAGUACCCAGACCGCAUCAUGAACACUUUCAGCGUCAUGCCUUCGCCCAAAGUGUCAGACACGGUGGUGGAGCCCUACAACGCCACCCUGUCUGUGCACCAGUUGGUGGAGAACACCGACGAGUCCUUCAGCAUUGACAACGAGGCUCUGUAUGACAUCUGCUUUCGCACCUUGAAGCUGACCACGCCCACCUACGGAGACCUCAACCACCUGGUGUCGGCCACCAUGAGCGGCGUCACCACCUGUCUCCGCUUCCCGGGACAACUCAACGCCGAUCUCCGUAAGCUGGCCGUCAACAUGGUGCCGUUCCCUCGCUUGCACUUCUUCAUGCCGGGCUUUGCCCCACUCACCAGCAGGGGGAGCCAGCAAUACCGCGCCCUCUCCGUUCCCGAGCUCACCCAGCAAAUGUUCGACGCCAAGAACAUGAUGGCGGCAUGCGACCCGCGACACGGUCGCUACCUCACCGUGGCGGCCAUCUUUCGCGGCCGCAUGUCCAUGAAGGAAGUAGAUGAGCAAAUGCUGAGCGUGCAGAACAAGAACAGCAGCUACUUUGUGGAGUGGAUCCCCAACAAUGUCAAGACCGCUGUGUGCGACAUCCCUCCACGAGGCCUCAAGAUGUCGGCCACCUUCAUUGGCAACAGCACGGCCAUCCAGGAGAUCUUUAGAAGGAUCUCGGAGCAGUUCACCGCCAUGUUCCGCAGGAAGGCCUUCCUCCACUGGUACACAGGUGAAGGUAUGGACGAGAUGGAGUUCACCGAGGCUGAGAGCAACAUGAACGACCUGGUGUCAGAGUACCAGCAGUACCAGGACGCGACUGCUGAUGAGAUGGGGGAGUACGAAGAGGAUGAAAUGGACGACGAGGAGGACAUCCGCCAUUAAGAAAACAGACUAGAAGCUAAUCAGCUAAGUACAGAUAUACACUUACCUUAAUACCUUCAUGUCUCAUCCAAACAAUAAAUCAUUGUCGUAUAUUCAGCAGCAAGAAAUCGCCAAUAAAGUUUCAAUCAAGCAAA